AUGGAAUACGCUAUUCCGACUGGACUACCUAUCUCUUUCCAGUGCAUUAAGGAUUAUUGGAAUGCUGAACAAAUCGAAGAAAUAUGGGAGUUGAGCCGACCUCUCCAGUUCGACCCAUUAGGAUCCAUCUAUAAGACCAUCCGAUGGUUCGGUGGUGGUGUCCCAAAAGUGUCCCAUCACGCAGUAUUAGUCCGCUUGAAAAACGGGGCGUUUCAUAUCAUUGAGCGAGGAAAGGAAUGCAUAGAAGGUUCAACUUUGGUUGUCGUUAGUAUCUCCGGAUCGGGGGCAACCAUCGACGGCGUCAAAUGGGGCACGAUUAGUAAGGGAAGACCAGUAAAGGAUGGUCCGACUAUAAAACAAUUGAUAAAACUUCGAGAUGAAUAUAUUAACCUCAAUUCGUACCACUGGAUGAAGGAAAACUGUCAGAAAUUUGCCAUAAAGGCUACUCUGGGUGUACUGGACUAUGAGAAAGAAAAUCUAAUUCGUAAAGUUUUCCGGUGGAGGGUUUUGAAAUUGGCAUUUGCGGGGUUCCUAGCGAUUUUACUUGCGAGGUGGUGGCGGCUGCGUUCAAGAGUUCAAUAUAACCAAGGGCGUUCUGACAGUCGGGUGGAACGAGAUUUAGAGGUUGGAAUAAUUGACGGCGUCCCUGUUGAGGAGGCGGAUUACUCACGAGAUUUGAAUCAAAUCGAAGGGACCGAGGUGUAA